AAAAAUAGAUGACACUUGAGAAGUCAGCCACACGACGCUGAAUGUGACCAUGACUCUCUUGUGACUGCAUCCAUACACGCUUGAAAACUAUCAUGUGGGGAAAGUGAGGGAUCAGCCGCACUUGUGCGUUCGCCACAUCUCUGUAUUUGUUCUCAAGAAGCAAGAAAAAGCAAUGGGGUCUCCGGAAAUAAACUCAACUGACUGUCUUCCUAUCGAUGAGUACAUUAAGUCUUAUUAUCUGCCAGUGAUGUACAGCGUCAUUUCUGUAGUCGGGCUCGUGGGAAACUUCCUGGUGAUCAUUGUUUACCUACUAAAACUCAGGCCUUGGAAGAGCAGCAGCAUUAUAAUGGUGAACCUGGCAGUAGCUGAUCUGCUGUAUGCGUUGAGUUUACCUGUGCUGGUCCAGUUUUACGUGACCAAAAACUGGACUCUGGGGGAGUUAAUGUGCCGUUUCAUCCGCUUCUGCUUCUACUACAACCUCUACGGCAGCGUCCUCUUCCUAACCUGCCUCAGCAUCUUCCGUUACGUGGCAGUGGUGCACCCUCUGAAGGCUGCUGAGAUCCGGAGGAAAAGAUGGGCCAUCUUGGCUUGUCUGGCAGUCUGGGCCAUUUCCUUGGUGGAGAUCGGCCCGAUGCUGGGGAUGAUUACUUUACAGCAGAAGGACAACAUGACUAAAUGCCUUGACUUCGCCAGUAAUGAUCCCCAGGUGGUGUGGUGGUACGGUUGGGUACUCACGGGGUUUGGAUACGUGUUGCCGCUGCUGGUGGUGUGCUGGAGCUACACUCACAUCGCAGGCUCUCUGGGCAGCAGCAUAUCCAGAAACAGGCCGAGUCGCUCCCGAGUUCGCACGCUGUCCGUUCUGAUCCUGCUGGUGUUUGUGCUGUGCUUCUUGCCGUACCAUAUCAUGCGUCUGCUGAGGGUGGACAGCCUGCGCAGGCCUGGCGUGUCAUGCAUACAGAGGAGAGGCAUCCACACAGUGUACAUAUUGUCACGACCUCUGGCUGGCCUCAACACCUUCUUCAACCUAGCACUGUAUACACUGGCAGGAGACAAGUUUCAGCAGGCUUUCUGGAGCUUUGUGCAGAGGAAGAAGAGCACGAGCAGCACUGUAUUUGUGAUCCAGUCUCCAAACAACAUGUCAAAGAAAGACCUUGUAAGGAUCUGAUACCGUGUGUAGACGCUAUAAAGACACUUGGGGUUUUUUGAAUGAAAGCUAUUAGGCUCACAAAGGCUGCAUUUAUUUUAUACAGUAAAACAACAUUUUGCACUUUUUUUUUUAUUUGAAAAUUUUUUACAUUUUUAUAUAUUUUAAAAUGUAACUUAUUCCCACCAUAGUAACGCUGAAUUCCAGUCACAUUCACUUUUAAUAAUAAUUUUUGUAUGCUUAUUUGUAAACAUUUAUUCGUAUUACCAGUGUUGAACACAACACUGCUUAAUAUUUGUGUGAAAACAAUAUUAUUAUUUUUUUCUAGUUCAAAAGAAAAACAUUUAGAUUAAAACUAAAUGUUGUAAUGUUAACUUUAUUAAUGUCUUUACAUUCACUUUUAAUCAAUUUAGUGCACCCUUGCUCGGAUGCGCAAUUUUUUGUAUUUUUUUAAAAAAGUAAUUUUCCUGACCCUAAACUUUCAACAGUUGUAUAUAUAUAUAUAUGUAUAUCAUUUUACAGAUUUUGUACAAUGGGCAAUAGCACUUUAAAUAAUGUAUUCUGUAUGACGGCUGCUUUCUUUUGUACUAUGAACAUUAUAAAAAUCUUAAAAUAUUGAUAUUGUAAAUUAUAUAUAAGAAAAAAUUCAGUUACAAAAAUGUAUGUUUUAUUUGAAACAUUUGGGUCAGAUGCUUUUGUGUUCAUUUAAAAUGUUUCUCCACUCAUCCAUUGGACUUCUUAUUCUCAAGAUAUUUCAAUCCAAGAAGGCUAUUGCUAUUGAUAGGCUAUAAUCCAUUGUAAAUCAUCUCAUUUUAUAAUCCUCUACUAUUCCACACCAAGUACAGUAAACACUGUCAGAGCACAGACAAAGAUCGGUGUGGAAAUGAACAAAGCGUAUCCUUUGGGCACAAGCAUCUGCUGACCAGUGUUGUUUGUUCAGUUCAUCAUAUCAGUUUAGUUGAUUCAAUUAUUAAUUUGUAUUUACACAAAUGGACUCUCACCUAUAACCUACUCUCAUCCAAAGUCACUGAGAUGAAAAGAGAUCACUGGCACGUCUCCCAUACCAGUGCAUUCUUUAAGAGAUUCGUUUUGGAUGAAUAGUAUGCUGUUUUUCAUUCAUGACAAGAAUAAAAAAUACCUUAAAAAAGAA